CGGUAGUUGGCUGACAUAUACACACCCUCUGUGACAUACAAAUAUGUACAUAGACACUACAUUGUACAUGCACACGGCGACAUACACACUACGACAUAUAGAUAUACAUGAUAUCAAACACGAACACAUACACACACACAUAAACACACGCAUUCUUAUAUGAGGAGAUGACGUUGAAUAUUUUUAAAUUGCAGUUGCUCUUAAAGUUAACGGAGCUGACCAAGCGUUCCUGUGACAAACACAUUAAACUAAAACUAAAACUCAACGAUCAACUUUGCUGAUAAAUCUACGCCUGGCAAUAUGUUUCACCACGUAGUAUCAUAUAGACGGUCUCUUGUGUUGAUACUGUGUACGAUAUUGUUUUUGGAGACUCAAGCUGAUUCAGAUAUAUGCAAGAUAUGUACUUGCAAUUCACUUACAACGAGAAUAAAUUGUGCACGUCGCAAUUUACUAUCAAUUCCACAACCAAUUCCGACGAAUGUUGAAUAUUUAUAUCUUUCCGAGAACAACAUUUCAACCAUCAAAGAAGGUGUAUUCACGGGGCUUUCCAAUUUAAAAAAAGUAGAUCUUGGCUACAAUAAAAUUUCAAGGAUUGAAAAAGAGAUGUUUCAAGGCCUUCACAGCUUAGAGAAAUUAGAACUGUGGAACAACAACAUUGCAACCAUCAAAGAAGGAGCAUUCACGGGGCUUUCACAUUUAAAAGAAUUGUAAGUUCGUUC